UGUGCCUGGAGUCGGAAGAGGGGCUGAUGAUGGAAAACAACCGAAAAAGAAUUAUACCCUGAAGCAGCUUCUGGUCCUUGGCCUUGCAAUCAUAUUUCUUGUAUUUUCAGUGGUUUUAGUUACGGCCCUUCCGACAUCUUGGACUAUCAUGGACAAUCGACAAUAUGAUUUCAGAAACUUCACAGAAAAAGAUAUGUUUGAACAUUCACUAUUACGAGAUGACAGUGGAGAGUCUGGGCCCAAUCAUGGAAUGGAACCAUUGCAGUAUGUACACCAGAAAAUCACCUACAAACCACUUGUUGAGGGAUUUCAGGAUAUCCUUAGUGAACGAAGGAAAGCUGCAACUGAGGGACAUCAUAAGAAAAUAAAAAAUAAUCACAAAGUGACUUUUUUGAAAUGCCCACAUCACAAAAUACAUAAGAGAGUCAAACAUUAUGAGAUCAAUGAGCCGACUUUUACUGAAAGCUGGAAGGACAGAAGAAUUUCUUACAGUGACCUACCUACUGCACCUCCACUCCCAGAAGAAUCAUUUUGGAAUUAUUCAGAUGCUCUGGAACAAUCUGUUCCCAAACACAACUUUUCACCAAGUUCUGAAAACUCAGGAUUAAUGGCUUCAAAAACAGAUAAAAUGAAGGAAGACACCGAACAGCUUGGCAGCUUGUAUCCAAAUAGUUAUACCAGUCAACGGUCAAAAAAAGGAGUUUCUGUAGAACCAUCUUCUCCCAUACUGAUUCACAUCAUUUCUCCUCAUCAGAGCCACUUACCAUUGAGCCAAGCUGUUGAUAUACACAAUAUAAGCAAUUCAUCAAUCGGAUUGACAUUUGAUCAGACUGAUGACUACACACCUGGAUCUGGCUCAUCACCUGACUGGCCUUCUGAUAUCGAAGCUAAUGCGGUCCCUAUAUCACCAGCUCAAACAAUGCAUCCACGUGCCGAUGACAGUAUGUCAGGUGCAGCCAUUUCUCCCACUCAAUCCCCAUCCACACAAGUUGGCAGCAAUGAACAAGAUGAAUAUAAUUACUACAGACAGUCUGGGGUAACUUUUGCUGAGAAUGUGCCAGAUCACCUGUGA